CUAGCCAGUUCCAACAGGGCUGGGCGUGGGCCAACAAUGUGAAUCUGCUGGCAGCUGGCGCGAGCUUGCCCCACCGCGGCAUCAGUGGGAGUGGCAUCUAUGCAGGGCGCCGCGGCGCCCUUGUGCGGCGCAUGGUGGGCGACACGCACGUUGGACAGCGGCAGCUGUUGCUGGCACGUGUGCCACGCUAUUCCCAGUCGCAGCAGGAGCAGGAGCUGGAGUUGGAUGAGGAGCGUGCGGGGCCAGCGCAGAGGCAGCUGACGAUGCUGCAGCAGCCGCAGCUCGAGGACUUUGCCAGCUGGCUGGUGCCGCUGCUCAAUGGCAGCAGGCAGCACCAGCGCCUCUGCCAGCAGGAUCUCUGCUGCGACUUUGAGCUGCAGCUGGAGCUGCCCAGCGAUGCGACGCAGCCGCCGGAGUACAGCUAUCGCGCGGGCGUCUUUGUGGGCCAGCGGCGCUACGAGGAGGAACAGUAUAGCGUGGUCAGACUCUGCGGUCUGUUCGCGUGCCGCAACGAGAGCAUUCUCAGUUGCGGCCAGCUGGCAGCGGCGCCGGCAGAGGAGCCAGCGGCGGGCAGUCGGAGCAUCACGUUCAGCUGGCUGCGAAUUCGCGGCGAGUUCGUGCGCCGCCAGCGACGGCUGCUCAUGCCCAGCACGCUGAGCGAGGCGCUUUACGCGCUGCAGGCCACCGAAUUCGAGUGGGCGUGGCAGGACGACACCGACAUCGAGACGGGCGCCACACAUGUGGAGCUGCGGCUGAGCAAGAGCCACUCACAGCUGCUGACCUUUGGCAUCUAUGGCAACUACUUUGAUGAGUUUGCCCACGACGACAAGCCGGGAGGCGGCGGUGGCGGCGGCGGAGACGGCGACGGGGCCAUGGGCGUGGUUGUGGCUAAGCGAGGGCAACAGCUGUUGAUGGUGCUGUUGAUGCUGCUGCUGUCUUAUCACGGGGGCUAACCGCUAAGCAAACACUUUGCUGAUUAGUUCUAAUUGGAAGUGCGGGCACAGGCGACAAAAGCGUCGCAAAUGUAUAUGGGU